CCUUGUUUCCAUUUUCCACUUUUCCAACAGGCGACACAGCAAAGCUUUCUUCUUUGACAGAGAAAACAAAAAAUGGUGAGAAGAAAGCUUUUAUUGCUCAUGAAGCCAUUUGACGUCUACCAGGUUACUCAAUCAAACGCUGUUUCUCGCUUCACCAAUCCGCGGAUUUUCCAUUAUAUUGAUAAUAGGUGCAAGGUGCACAAAGAGGCCAUAAACAUUUGUCAGAAAAUUUUACAGCAGAAGACAAUUGACUGGAAACCCAUAUUUCGUAACAACUUAUCACAACCAAUUCAUAAUGUUGAUUUGGUUGUUACAGUUGGUGGUGACGGCACUCUUUUGCAGGCCAGUCAUUUCUUGGAUGACUCAAUUCCAGUUCUAGGAGUAAAUUCUGAUCCUACACAAGCUGAAGAGGUUGAAAAGUUCAGCAAUGAGUUUGAUGCUACUAGAAGCACUGGUUAUUUAUGUGCAGCAACAGCAAAAAAUUUCGAGCAAGUGCUAGAUGGCUUUCUAGAGGGUCAAAUAGUUCCUUCCGAGUUGUCAAGGGUAUCAGUAUCCGUAAAUUCUAAAGCUCUGCCUGCAUAUGCUCUUAAUGAUAUUAUGAUUGCACACCCUUGUCCUGCAACAGUUUCCCGUUUCUCAUUCAAAAUUAGAUGGAACGACCAGACAUGUUCGCCAUUAGUGAAUUGCCGAUCAAGUGGUCUCAGAAUCUCAACUGCGGCAGGAUCAACAGCUGCGAUGCUCUCAGCAGGAGGAUUUGCGAUGCCUAUUUUGUCUAGGAAUCUCCAAUAUAUGGUAAGAGAGCCUAUUUCACCUGGAGCAGCCAAUUCUAGCUUAAUGCACGGUUUAAUCAAGCCAGAUCAAUCGAUGGAUGCUGCAUGGUUUUCUAAAGAGGGUUUCAUAUAUUUCGAUGGCUCUCAUGUUUUCUAUCCUAUCCAAAGUGGGGAUGCCAUAGAAAUAUCUUCCAAGGCCCCGAUUUUACAAGUUGUAUUGCCUCAUUUGUCAUCAUAAAUCUCAUGGAGAGCUGGCAAAUGCUCAUCCAAACGACAUCAACAUUUUUGAAUCCAUGACUAAAUUAUAGCUCUUGUAAAUACAAGAGACAUGUAGAGACCAAUCUUUCAUUUUCAUCGUAAGUAAUUCAAAUCUUUGCAUCUUUGAAA